GGCGGAUCGCGCUCCUCCCCCGGCUACCCAGUGGGGCGGGACCGGCCUGAGGGGCUGCGCGCAGACCGGGUGGUACAGCCCGGAGCGCCGAGCAGCGGAGGCGGAGGGACCGGGACCCUGCCCACGAAAGCCGGACCCAGCAAACCCCCACCACAAGGAGCUGUGGUGCCUCCCACUGAACAGGAGCGGACUCUGGAGGAAGCUCUCUCAACAGCUCCCAGGAGCUUGUAGAAGAAGGGGCUCAAAGCAGCUGCCUCACUGCCCAUCCAUCUUCUUGGAAGGAAGGAAGGAAGGAAGGAAGGAAGGAAGGAAGGAAGGAAGGGAAGGAGGGAGGGAGGGAGGAAGGAAGAAAGGAAAGGAGGAUCAGUCCAAAGCCCCUUCCCACCAAGGAUGACACUAAACACUCAGCAGGAAGCAAAAACCCCUCUGCGCCGCAGAGCCAGCACUCCACUACCCCUGUCCUCCCAGAGCCGCCAGCCUGGCCGCCUGUGCACAGCAGCCCCCAUGCAGUCCCAGCAUCCCCCACUGGGCCAAUCGGCUUCACUCAACCCUCCAGCCCGGAAACCGUCGCCUGCUCCGGAUAGCUGGUCCUCUGAAUCCAGCGACUCUGAAGGUUCCUGGGAGGCCCUCUACCGCGUGGUGCUGCUUGGAGACCCUGGUGUAGGGAAGACCAGCCUGGCCAGCCUCUUUGCAGGGAGGCAAGAGCGGGACCUCCAUGAACAGCUAGGAGAUGUAUACGAGAAGACCCUCACGGUGGACGGAGAGGACACCACACUGGUGGUCAUGGACACCUGGGAGGCUGAGAAACUGGACACAAGCUGGAGCCGGGAGUCCUGCCUGCAGAUGGGUAGCGCCUAUGUCAUCGUGUACUCCAUCGCAGACCGCGGCAGCUUCGAGAGUGCUUCAGAGCUCCGCAUCCAACUGCGGCGCGCACACCGGGCAGACCACGUGCCCAUUAUCCUCGUGGGCAAUAAGGCAGACCUGGCACGCUGCCGCGAAGUCUCCGUGGAAGAGGGCCGCGCGUGCGCCGUGGUGUUCGACUGCAAGUUCAUCGAGACGUCGGCCGCCUUACAGCACAACGUGGCAGAGCUCUUUGAGGGCGUGGUGCGCCAGCUCCGCCUGCGGCGCCGGGACCAAGCCGCCGAGGAGCCCUCGGACCCGCGCCGUAGGGCCAGCCUCGGCCAGCGCGCUCGUCGCUUCCUGGCUCGCCUGACGGCCCGCAGCGCUCGCCGCCGGGCACUCAAAGCCCGUUCCAAAUCGUGCCACAACCUGGCCGUGCUCUGAAGCCACCUGCCUUUCCUGAGGUGGUGGGACACUGGGAUGCUGUCUGAGCUUCGCUGAAGUUACUGAGGAGCAAGAGCUGCGUGGUGCACAGGCCACACCUCGGGCCCUAUCUGCCGGCUGCCUGAAUGGUGAGAGCAUCACCCAGAGCCAGAGCCCAGAGGACCACUCGGGCUGGGGAAGUGGUGGACAGACCAUGGGCCCAAGCCUGAAGGCGGAUGCGAAGUAGGGUGUUUAUAACGCGGUGGGUGCCUUUUUAUAAAAAUCUCCUUUUUCUCUAGCCUCUGACCUAUGCUCAGAAACCCUCACAAUAAACCAGUCCAGAAGGGUGUCCAGGCUGAAAGCCCAGACUCCUUGGGCUCUCCAGACUCUC